AUGAAAAUUCAAAUGUUACUCCGUCUGCUUGCUUAUCCUCGGUUACAUCUACCGUUGUUUUAUCAGCAGAUCAAAACUCUUUCAACAGCAACAUCUUCAAGUGUGACAAAACCGUAUCCGAGUUACGUCGAACGUCAAAUAACGAUUAACGUGAACACCUCACCAGGUGAUGAAUUCAUAGAAAUUGAUCAAGAGACAAAAGCGAAAGUUGCUAAACCAGCAACAUAUAUUCGUUCGACUGUCAACUAUGUAGAUACAAAUCCGUUAGGAGAUAAGAAUCAACCGAUUGUCCUACUGGUACACGGUUAUCCUGGUACACAUGAAUCCACAAGAAAUCUUAUAGAAGAAUUUCAACAACGAGAUUUUCGUUGCAUUGCUCCUGAUAUGCCUUAUUGUGGCAAAACUAAAAUGCCACUUUGGGGUACGUUAUUAUGGGGCAACUCAGUCUUUCUACGAGGAAGAUUUCUCGGUGAAUUGCUGAAAAGCAUCAUGGGAAAUAAACUAUUACCGAUUCAUACUGUUGUCGGUGUGCAUGAGAAUGCCUUUGCAUUAGUCUCACUGAUUGACCAAUAUGAAUAUUUUCGUUGUAAAUCAUUGAUAAUGAUUGAUCCAGUGCCAAGAAAACUUCUUCGAUUCUUUCCCUUGGCAAAACUUGUCUUCGAUUUCGGUCGGCUUCCACUCCACUGGCCAAUUGCUAAGUUUCUCCUUCAAGCUCUUGGUUAUAAAGAUCUACUAAAAUACUCUCAGCAAGAUAUCAUGGGUGCUUUGCGUAUAUGGAUGUUAGAAAACACGCGUGAAUAUGACGCGUAUAUUCAUAAUCUAUGGUUAUCUCGAUUACGGACAAUGAUGGUUGUCUCUGAUGAAGAUAGAUUUUUAAAUAGGAAGUUAUUGGAUGAAUUGAUCAAAGAUUUAGCUGUCGAACCGUUCAAUAAAUCAAACAUCGCAAACGCUGUGAUUAGAAAAUAUGCUUGCAAUCACGAUGAGUUACUAACUGAUCGCGUCAGUCAUGUUGCUGAUGAUAUCGAAACAUUUGUCUCGGCGACGCUUAAAUCACCAGCUGCGACCUUAGCGCAAUCGUAUACAUCGACAAUAACAAAGGAGAAAGAACAAAAAAAGCCUAUCAAAACUAUUAACAACCAACAAGACGGAGCAAAAACUGAAUUAGAUGAAAAUUCAUAUAGGCGUGCGGCGGCGAAUGACUUUUUCUCUCAAGCGUUUGGUCCAAGCAAGUCCGAGUUGAAACCAAAUCAACCGCACAGUAUACGUUCAGCAUUCGAGGCAGUUGCGAGCGGAUUUAUUCAAAAACUACCACCCGGCACAAAACGCGAAACAUUAGAAUCAAUGUAUUCAUCACUUGUCUACUAUUUUAUGUACCGUCGUCGAAAUAAAUUCAUUAUUCUGUUAGUGAUCAUAUUCUGCAUCUUAGUCUUUUUUCAUUCGACUUCUCGGCAGAAUUCGCCAAGAACUAAGAAGAGUGUUAACGUGCUUCAGAAAUCGAUUAAUGGAAAGAAGGUACGUGUCAAUCGAGAUACGUACACAACACCAGAACCAUGUCAUGGAUGUCCAGGUGAAAAUGGUCAAGGUGUACAGUUAACGGCAGAAGAAUCAGUUGGUUUAGAUGCAGUGAUGAAAAAGGAGUUUUUCAAUUUACGCGCAAGUGAGAAGAUUUCACUAUGGAGAUCAAUACCAGAUACUCGAGAUUCGAUGUGUAAAUCCGUCGAAUAUCCACCAGAUUUACCAACAGCAUCAGUAGUAAUAGUGUUUAAGAAUGAGCGAUGGUCACCGGUACUUCGAACAGUUUAUUCUGUCUUGAAUCGAUCGCCGAAGCACUUGCUCAAAGAAGUCAUUCUAGUGGAUGAUCAAUCAGAUAUCGAGGAGAUGGGACAACGUUUAGACGAUUAUUGUGAAGAACAUUUUGGUGAUCUAGUGCGGAUCUUACGAGCACCAACACGGCUUGGACUAAUCAAAGCGAAGAACUACGGUGGAAGAAAUGCCACUGGCGAUGUGGUCGUAUUUCUCGAUGCACAUUGUGAAGCGAAUACUGGAUGGCUUGAACCAUUAGUAUAUCGUAUUAAACAAAAGCGGACAGCCAUCUUAUGUCCUAUCAUUGACUUGAUCAAUGCUUUUGCCUUGUCGUACAAUUCGGGUCAGCCGAAUUCGAUUGGAGUGUUCACGUGGUCACUUCAUUUCAGUUGGUCGGGUAUUUUUCCACGACUUCUAAAUACACGACAAUCAAGAAUCGAUCCUAUCUCGUUAGAGCCGCUUUUAUUACGAAUUAAGCAAAAACGUUCAGCUAUUCUGUGUCCUGGUAUCGAUAUGAUUAGUGAUAGUAACAUGGGUUAUGGUGGUACGGGUGACGGAAGCGUGGGCGGAUUUUGGUGGUCAUUACAUUUUAAUUGGAUUCCAGUUCCAGCACGAAUACGAAAUGCACAAAAAUCGAGGAUCGAUCCCUACCCAUCUCCAACUAUGGCUGGUGGUUUACUAGCUGCUCAUCGAGAAUAUUUCUUCGAGAUUGGUGGUUAUGACGAUGAUAUGGAAGUGUGGGGUGGCGAAAACUUGGAAAUUUCCUUUCGUGUUUGGAUGUGUGGUGGUAGUUUGGAGUUUGUACCAUGUUCUCGCGUGGGUCAUAUAUUUCGUCCAGGUCAUCCGUAUAACAUGACUGGAGCGAAAGGAAAAGGUGAUGUUCACGGUCGAAAUUCGAUGCGGCUCGCAGAAGUAUGGAUGGAUGAUUAUAAACGUUUUUACUAUAUGCACAGACACGACCUGAAGGGUAAAGAUUAUGGUGAUGUAGAAGAUCGUCGAGCAAUAAGACAACGUUUAAAUUGUAAAUCAUUCAAAUGGUACUUAGAGAAUGUCUUUCCCGAAAAGUUCAUUCUCGAUGAAAAUGUUCAUGGUUUCGGAGAACUCCGAAAUCCUGCAUCGAGUUUAUGCUUAGAUACUUUAGGUAAAGACGAAAAAGGUUCGUUACAAUUAGCAAUAUUUUCUUGUCAAAAUGGGGCCUCAGCCAAUCAAUAUUUUUCUUUAACAAAAACGGACCAAUUACGCCGUGAAGAUACAUGUGCACUGAUAUCUGGACGUGGGUCAGAUGGUACAGGUGUAAUCCUAUCGCAAUGUGAUUAUUCUGAUCAAAGUCAGAAAUGGACGCAUGAAAAGAAUGGAACAAUUGUUCAUCAUCCAAGCGAACUGUGCUUAGAUGUUGAAGGUCUUGCUAACAAUGAUCAAGUAAAAUUAAGAAAAUGUCAACCGAAUAAACGAUCACAACAGUGGCUAUUCGAACAUUAUGCAACAACUUAG